AUGUCUUCUUUAUCGCUAUAUACCGUUCAGGCUGUUUUAAUACUGGAUCAGCAAGGAGAAAGAAUUUAUGCAAAAUAUUACCAACCUCCUCAUAGAUCCGAUGACGGACAUCAAUUGCUCUUUCAUUCCGUAAAGAAACAAAAGGAGUUUGAGAAACAAUUGCACCGCAAAACUCACAAGCAGGAUUCGGAAAUUUUGAUCUUCGAAGACCGUCUGGUCCUUUACAAAGAAUACAUUGACGUCACGAUCUAUUUAGUUGCUUCGCUAGAAGAGAACGAAAUAGUUCUGCAGCAAGGGUUUUCAGCGAUCAAAGGAUCACUGGAUUUGAUUCUAAAUUCAGGUCUAGACAAAAAAAAUAUCCAAGAAAACUACGACAUGGUUUUACUAGCCAUUGACGAAACCAUUGAUAACGGCGUUAUCCUGGAAACAGACUCAAACACCAUUGCAUCCAGAGUUUCUAAACCACCCACAAAUGAACCUCAAAUGUCAUUGGAUUUGGAUAAGGGGUUCUUAGGUGCCUGGGGUUUUGCAAAGAGCAAGUUUCAAGAAAGGUUGCAACAAGGCUUAUAA